UCCCUGUACUAAUCCCAUCAAUCUCUCUUCCUUCCUCUCUCUCUCUUUCUAUCUAUCUCACUCUCUCUCUCAUCGCAAAGGCCCGAGUUCUCUCUCUCCUCGUUCUUCCACCUUUUCUCCGCCAUCAAUCAAACCAGUCGGUCAGUCCCCACGAGGCGAGGGAGGCGGAGACAUCGAGAACGGGGCUAGCGGCGGCCGAGAGGAGGACGGUGAGGAUGGACGCGAAGGGGAUGAUCAGAGGCGCCCACCACAGCGGCAGCGGCGGCGACAGCGACAGCCAGGAGGACGAUCAGCAGGCGAUUAUGGAGGACUUGCGGAGAGGUCCGUGGACGGUGGAGGAGGACCUCACCCUCGUCAAUUACAUUGCCAACCACGGCGAAGGACGCUGGAACUCCCUCGCCCGCAGCGCAGGUUUGAAACGGACCGGAAAGAGUUGCCGGCUGCGGUGGCUGAAUUACCUCCGCCCCGACGUUCGGCGCGGGAACAUAACCCUCGAAGAGCAGCUCUUGAUCCUCGAGCUCCAUUCCCGCUGGGGCAAUCGAUGGUCGAAGAUCGCGCAACACUUGCCGGGCAGGACCGACAACGAGAUCAAGAACUACUGGCGAACCCGGGUGCAGAAGCACGCGAAGCAGCUCAAAUGUGACGUCAACAGCAAGCAGUUCAAGGACGCCAUGAAAUACCUCUGGAUGCCGAGGCUGGUCGAGAGGAUCCAAGCCGCCUCCGCCUCUGUCUCGACCGCUACUGUCGCCGCCGCCGCCAUGGCAGCCCCACCCACAAUGGCCACCACCGCAGCAUCCAACAUCGGCGGCAUGGCUUUCCCGCCGGCCCUGGCGGGCAUGGGCGGCGACUUCAGGGGCGGGCGACUGAAUGUGGCGCCCAGCUACAGCACCCCGGAGAACUCCUGCACGACGGCGUCUUCCGACUCAUUCGGUGCGCAGGUCUCACCCGUCUCGGACCUUACCGACCUGACCGAGUACUACCCUAUCCCGGCCGGCGACAACCCGAACCCGGAUUACUACCAGCCUAACAAUAAUGGCCAAGGAUGCUACCAGGAGUCGUCUCUUACUAGUCCCUGUGCAUACUUCAACAACUAUGGAAUGGACUUCCAAGCGUGCAUGGAUCAGAACAACAAUCAGUGGUUGGACGAUGGGGGCACGUCGGACAACUUGUGGAAUUUGGCGGAUGAUUGGUACUCACAACAGCAGCAGCAGCCGCACGCAGCUUCUAUCAUCAACAAUAACUUCUGAGAAGAAGAAGGAAAGAAAUUAUAAAAAAAAAAAAAAAAAAAUUAUGUUAGGAGGCUCGAAAGCGAAAUUCGAUUGUAAACAGGGAAAUUUGUGAAAAAAAUAGGGGAAUCGAUCUCCCUCGGCAUGAAAAAUAUAACUUUUGCCGAGCGAGAAACGAAAAAAAUCGUAGUAGCGGUUCCGGUUAAUUUCCGUAGGGGAGUCCUAAUUUCGGAUUUUUCUUGGUCGUACUUUCUUUGUUUGAUUUUUUCUUUGAUUGGGGGGCGAACUUGUAACUCGAGCUUAUUCUCGCUUAAUCUAUUUUUUUUCUUCCUCUGUC